UAAGUCAUAAGAAGGUAAACUACUUCUAUAAUAGAGAGUUACAUAUACUCCGAUCUCCUAAACAGUUGACUGCCUUCAAAAUUCACAAAAAACGAUGAACUGUGUAUGAAACUGAAAAGACCAUAUUUUCUGCUUCAUCAAAAUUCAGAAAGUGCUCCAUCCACUGAGGAGAAUCAUAAGGUUAAUUGAAAUUGCAGAUAGAAUGAAAAAGAAUUGAAGAAAUGUGUGUAUGACUGUGAAUAAUUAGGGGAAGAUCAUAGAAGGGUAGUACAAAACAAAUAAUUAAUGGGGAUCCGAGCUGACAGGAAGAAGUAUGUGAUGUCAGUAGAGUUUGCUUUGCAAAGAGAGUUUGAUUACAGGCAGAAGCUUGAAAAUCAAGCUCUUAAGCCAUGCCAGUUUGCACAGGUUUCAGGAUCAGCUGCAAACGAAAUUCCAAGAACUACACCGCCUCAACCUCCUCCGAGCCCGUUACACCCAAAUCAUGGGCCGAUUCGUGGGCUGCAGCAUCCUAGAUCAGUACACGCAAGACCUUCACCUUAUCCAUAUCCGCCUCCAAGCACAACGCCAAGUCAAACUCCAAGUGCUGGCCCAUCUUGUUCGGCUGUACAGAGGAGGAAAGCCCCAGUACCUCUUCCAGAUGGAGUUUUUACAUGUAAAGUUUGUCAAAUCGACUGCAAAACUGGGUUCAAUCUGUUGAAUCACUACCAGGGUCAAAAACACAAGGCCAAAUUGCGAGGGUUGAAGGGGAAAGAAGUUGCGAGUGUAGCUGUAAGUCCAGUACCAAAAGUAAACGAUAGCGAAAGGAGGCCCUACUGCGACGUGUGUGGGAUCUGGUGCGCUGAUGAGUACACUUUCCGUCUGCACUUCAACUGCACCAACCAUAUUCUCAAACAGUAUGACAAUCUUAUCAAAACAAGGGUGUAUUCCUGAAAAAUAAUAUCUGAAUGUGUAUUUUUCAUUUCUUAUUAAUAUCUUCAAACAAACCUUUGUUACUCUUGAAGAUGAAAUAUUUGCAUUGUAAUUGAAUAAUCUCUUCAUGUCAUAGUUUUGGGGUAUAA